AUGCUAGGCUGUUCUAGCAAGUACUAUACUCAGUUGACUGGUCGCGCCUUGUGCAAUCGUGGAUUGUCGGCAAAAUUGCUGAUCUGUUCGCCAACCCUCCGUUCGAUCCAGACUGCUGAAUCGAUAGCAAAGUUUCUGAAAGCGGACUUGGCUAUAGAACCCGGCCUAAUCGAGCCGUUAGCAUGGUAUCGCAGUGUGAGCAAGAAGCUACCGAACUUUCGUAUCGAAGAACUCGCUCAAAUAUAUCCUAUA